AUGGAGGCUCUUGAUCAAGUCAUCUCACUUCCUCUCAACAGGCCCUACCGUACCAAGCAGCUCAAGGAUGAGAAGCCCUGUCUCGACGACGAUGGAUACGUGUGUUUCUCGCCCGACGAUGUUGAGAAUCCCCAUAAUUGGUCGAAACGGCGGAGAGCCGGGGUGACUAUGAGCGCCGUGCUCUUGGUCGUCAAUGCCACCUUUGCAUCCAGUUCACCCAGUGGAUGCCUUCCUUCGAUAGCCGAAUACUUUCAAGUCUCACGAGAGGCGGCAGGCUUGACCAUCUCAUUGUUUCUGCUAGGAUACUGUGCAGGGCCUUUGAUAUUUGCCCCGCUGAGUGAAUUUUAUGGCCGUCGAUGGAUCUUUUAUGGCUCCUUCACCGGCUACAUGGCCUUCAACUUUUUAUGUACAUGGCCUCCCAAUUUCGGGGCUCUGCUGGUGGGUAGAUUCUUGACGGGCACUUUCGUCUCUGCCCCCUUGAGUAACUGUCCGGGCUUGUUGGCGGAUAUGUGGAAUCCGCUGCAGCGUGCCAAUGCAAUGGCCUGCUUCUCCGCGACGGUGUGGAUGGGGCCCGCACUGGGGCCUGUGGUCGCAGGCUUUCUGCAGCUGACGAAAGACUGGCGCUGGAGCUUCUAUGUCCUCCUUUGGCUCGGCGGCUUAACCUUUGCGCUCAUGUUGACCAUCCCCGAGACUUAUGCGCCGACCCUCCUGACUCACAAGGCCCGACGCAUUCGCAAGAAGAAGAUCGCCGGAUAUGAGAAUGUCAAGGCGCCGGCUGAAGAUGACGAUCGGUCGCUGUUGGGUAUCUACAGGGUCGCACUGACUCGUCCAUGGAUCAUCCUAUUCGAUCCAAUCUCGUUGCUCAUUGCAGUCUACAUGGCAUUUGUGUAUGCCUUGCUGUACAUGUUGUUCUCCAUCUACCCCAUCGUCUUCCAGCAGAAACGGGGUUGGAACGCCGGUGUGGGGGAGCUUCCACUGCUGGGAACUGUGGUGGGAGCGAUCCUUGGAGGUUUGAUCGUCUUUACAAACACGACCUUGCAACAAAGAAAGAUCAAGCAAGGCAAGAUGCGAAUGGAGGAUUCCACGCCCGAGGAUCGUCUCCCACUGGCUAUGGCCGGUGGGAUCGGGUUUGCCGUGACUAUGUUCUGGUUUGCAUGGACGGCCGAGUUCAACUCCAUCCAUUGGAUCGUUCCAACCCUCGCCGGUGUCUUCUUGUCUAGCUCACUUCUCCUGAUCUUCGUCUCAUAUCUCAACUACCUAGUCGAUGUCUACAAGAUGUACGCCGCCUCGGCCAUCGCAGCGAACACCAUUGCUCGAUCCGCCUGCGGAGCCGCAGCCCCCUUGUUCACGGAUCAGAUGUUCGCCGCCCUGGGGGUUGGUGGCGGAGGUAGUUUGAUUGCUGGUGUUGCGACCCUUCUCGCUGUCAUUCCGUUCCUCUUCUAUAGGUACGGUAAACAGAUCAGAAUCCGCAGCAAGUAUGCCCCAACGCCCGAUGAAGAGAAGGAGGAGCGAAGAGAGGACGAAGAGCGGGGGCUGGACGAGGCGUUUGAACCGGAGGAGGAUAAGCCGGAGGCGCGUAAUAAUUCUACACAAUAG